AUGAAGCUCAACCCGGCUAAGUGUGCAUUCGGGGUGACAGCUGUUAAAUUCUUGGGGUUCAUGGUGCAUUAUCGGGGUAUUGAGGCUAACCCCUCGAAGAUAAAAGCCAUUCUCGAGAUUCCUUCUCCUCGUAGUAUCAAGGAGAAUUUUGUAUGGACAGAGGAGUGCCAGGAGGCGUUUGAGCAGCUGAAACAGUGUCUGGUCUCCCCCCCAGUCCUAGCUAAGCCACAGUCGGGAGAGUCACUAUACAUUUAUUUGGCUGCCUCGGAUGAGGCCGUCAGUUCGGUUUUGGUACGAGAGGAGGACAAAGUUCAAAAGCCGGUCUACUAUGUGAGCAAGAGAUUAGCUGGAGCCGAGAUUCGUUACACUCCAACAGAAAAGUUGGCCUAUGCCCUAGUCAUCUUCGCUCGAAAGUUGAGGCCCUACUUCGAGGCACACCAUGUUAUCGUCCUAUCAAGUCAGCCAUUGAAGCACGUAUUAGGAAAGCCGGACUUGUCAGGGAGGAUGCUCAAGCCAUCUAUCAAGGCACAGGCUCUUGCUAACUUUUUCGUGGAGGGCACCCUGCUAGUGGAAGCAGACGAAGGGGUUUCUCAGAAUUGGACUCUCUCUGUGGAUGGCAACUCCAGUGUCGGAGGCAGCGGUGCAGGAUUACUGCUCCAGGGCCUCGAUGGCCAGGCUUGGCCAUAUGCCCUCUACUUCGAAUUCAAUGCCUCUAAUAAUGAGGCUGAGUAUGAGGCGCUCAUCGCCGGGCUCAGACUAGCGGAACAGAUGGGAGUCAGGGAUUUGGAGGUAUAUUCUAACUUGAAUUUAAUUGUGCAACAGGUCACAGGGGAGUUUGAAGCCCGGGAAGACGCCAUGGCCCAAUACUUGGCGAUAGCCAAGGAUCUUAUGGCACGGUUUCAAGCAGUAAAAAUCAAUCAUGUUCCACGGGCGCAGAACGCAGUGGCGGAUGCUCUCUCGAGGAUAGCUGCCUCUUCCUUCCCCAAGACUUCCCGAGUUGUCUAUAUGGAAUCAUUGCCCCUAGAGGAGCAUAGAGACAGAAGCGGAGCAACUAUGCGUGGAAGGGGCAGAAAGUUGGAUGGAUCCUAUAAUAGCAUAUCUGACCAAGGGAUGGCUCCCAGAGGAGGAACAAGAGAGUCGAAACUCAAGCGCCAGGCUGCCAAGUUUUUACUGGUUGGAUCAGACCUUUACAAGAAAUCCAUCACUCAACCGCUGUUAAAGUGCGUUGGGCCUAUCGAGGCUGAUUACAUCCUAAGGGAGAUCCAAGCGGGGAUUUGCGGCAGUCACAUCGGAGCUCGGUCUCUUUCCUAG